AUGAUACCUACGGGCAACGGAAAGGACAUGAACCCCUCCCCUGCCCCUCAGUGGAGCACAGACCCGCAGAGAGGGGCAGACACCAGCGGUACGUAUAACUCUACCUUAGCUCCCCACCUCCUGCAAAAGCUCCAGGUACCUCACCACCACAUCUCCUCCACCUCUUCCAACUGCGUCCGUCGUCUUGCUGACUUCACCUUACAUGAGCAGCCAUGGCAGCAUAUCUCUCGUGCCGAUGAGCCUGAUGAAACCGCAUCCCAAGGGUACCCGACUGGCCCAGCCCAGCCCCAUUCUGCAUUCUCCUCUCUCUCUUCCCUCGUCCGACUCCCAUCAAGUCUUUCCAGUGGCUUUGCCCAGCCUAGCGUGCCAUUGAUGAUGCAAGACGCCCGUCUCGUUCCCCUCUCUUUCACAUCUUUGCUUCAUCUCUCUAUUGAGCACCAAUUCACUCUUCCUUUCCCUUAUCUCCAUACAAGACAUCAAUCCGUCACAAUGGCUCCCAAGAUUGCCAUCGUCUACUACUCCAUGUACGGCCACAUCCGCCAAUUGGCCGAGGCCGAGAAGAAGGGCAUCGAGAAGGCCGGCGGCACCGCCGACCUCUUCCAAGUCGCAGAGACCCUCCCCGAAGAGGUCCUCACCAAAAUGGGCGCCCCCCCAAAAGCAACAGACGUCCCCGUCCUAGACGACCCCGCCACCCUCGAAUCCUACGACGCCUUCCUCCUCGGCAUCCCAACCCGCUACGGCAACUUCCCCGCCCAGUGGAAGGCCUUCUGGGACAAGUCCGGAAAGCAGUGGUCCACGGGAGGCUACUGGGGCAAGCUCGCCGGCCUCUUCAUCUCCACCGCCUCCCUCGGCGGAGGUCAGGAGUCCACCGCCAUCGCCGCCAUGUCGACGUUCGCCCACCACGGCAUCAUCUACGUUCCGUUCGGGUAUGCCAAGGCCUUCCCGCUCAUGGCGGACUUGUCCGAGGUCCACGGUGGUGGCCCCUGGGGCGCGGGUACUUUCGCGGGCGCUGAUGGAUCGCGCCAGCCUUCGGCGAAGGAGCUGGAGAUUGCUACGAUCCAGGGCGAGGCAUUUUACCACACUGUCGCCAAGCACGUCGGUUGA